GCGAGCAGACCCACUUGUUCGGCGCCAUCCAGGCCCACUACGCCGCGCACUGCGAGCUAAGCGAAACGGAGCGGGAGCCGGCGCUGAUGUUGGUUGAUGAUGCAUUGAAGAUGCCAUUCACGGUGUUCACCACCUCCCACAAGAAGACCUACCUCAAGUGGCACGCCAAGCUGACGGGCGAGGGGGACAAGGGCCAGCAGCGGGGCGCGGCGGCGGCAGGGGGCGGCAAGCCCGUGACGUACACGGUGUACGACCUGCCUGAGGGCGGCGCCUGCCUGGGCCUCAUGACGGACGAGGGCGACACACUGGAGCUGCAGCUGGCCGGGCCGGGGGCGUGCCAGCCGGAGCUGCUGGCGCAGAUUCGUGCUGCGUUCGAGGCCGGCGAGGACGAGGUGCGGAUCACACUAAACGCCGACCGCACCACAGUCACCGGCCUUUUGGGAGCCAAGAGCUAGCCCGUAGCGGCGCAUAAGCAGGCACGUGGCACGGAAACAAUCAGCUAUAAUCGAUAUCUAGGAGAGGUGUGUGGAGGUGCAGCAGGUGGGGGAAUUGUAGAUACCAGCCCAACUAAACCGAACCCAAUGCAAGAGAGCGAGGAGGAGAGCGUGGCCUAUUCUUCAUAAUGGAGUGGCACGCGACAAUGGUCCCCAUCCCCGAAAUGCACUGAGUUCCCAGGGGUGGCGAAGUGGUAGCCGUUCAGGGGGGGGGCGCAAGGAGUGAAUCAGCACCGGCAUGACUUAUGAUGGCGGGAGCACUGCCAGGUUGAGGUUGUUGUGAUGUUUCAAGACGUGCUGUGCAGGCCGUGAGGUGAAGAGUCGAGUUCCGGGCUGCGGGCACGUCGGUAGUCAAGCGGUUCAACCAUCCACGGCUGUCCCAGCGCCCUGAUUGAGGCUGUCCAGGAACGGCCAGGGCAGGGGCACCGUAGCACUGCGUUUGUGGUAGCGUGCAAGAGAACAAUUGCAGGAAUGGGCCGUGGCAUUGCACCAAUAUAAUGUUUGGGCACUACGUCAUGGAUGGUCCACUAUGGAUGCCAUCAUCAUUUGGGCGCCCGUCAUUACCGUAUCAAGCACAACAGAGGCUGAGGGUGACUGCAAGAGUCCCGUACCUGGUCGGUCCAUAGACAAGAUUUGCGUGUGAGGCCUUGUAGGCGGGUCGGCACAAGGAAAUCUGUAGGUCCAUUUGGACCCACCGUGGCCAGAGUGGUUAUUCAUUGUAGGCAUGAGUGCAUUUGCAUGUCCUGUAUCACAGUAGGUCGCAGACUGCCGUGCCUGUACGGAGCGGCCCCGGCUAUGUCUGGGAGAUGAGGCAGACGCUUGCGGCCUCAGACUAUUUACGUGGCUCAGCCUACUUUCCCAUGCAAGGGGAGCUUGUCACCAGCAGUUGCGGCAUGCAUGUGCGUAGCGGAAGGGGCGAGCAACACCACGUGGAGGAGGAGAGCGCGGCGCCGCCCAAGAAGCGGUGCCGGCGCGCAGGUUGAGGCCGGCUGGUGUCUAGUUCGGGUCUUUGCUGGCGAACAUAGCACCGCACAGUAUGUGGUAGGCCGCAGCCUGCCGCAGCAGUGAGGAGUGUUGUGGGUUCCUGCUGUUUGGUUGAUUGCUGGCUGUACUGUUGCUUGACGGCGGGACGUGGCUGGACACAUUACGGCGGGCCGUUUCUGUACGAACCGACCCCGGCCAUGUCCAGGAGAUGAGGCAGACGCCCGCGGCUCAGACUAGAGGCGUGGCUUUUUCCCAUGCGAGGGGAACUGAGACACCUGUCGAAUGUUGGUCGAAUGUUGGUUGUCUGCUGUGGGUGAUAGGACGAGGCGAAUCGCAGAGACGUAGACAGAGUGAGGCAGGGCUGGACCCUGGGCUGAGGGAAGGGAAGGUGGUGCGGAAGGGGAAGGCGGCAUGUGGCAACUAAGCCCGCAGUGUUCGGUGUUGCGGACAAAAUUUGCCUUCAGCCCAAGGCGUCCAUACUUGGCAUUCGCGUGCAUCUUUCGAUGGCCCUUGUCUUCAUGACUUCCAAUCAUUUAACACCGGC